CCGGAAAAUCGAUAUGCCCCCUAGUAGGAGGAAAAAACUGAUCGUGUCAAGGUUUAGUUUACACGAUAAAACCAUGUCGUUUUAUCUCCUUCCUUUGCUUCUCAGUUGAAUCCCGGAUUUUAUAAUAUAAUUUCCGUGGAAGAACUAAAAACCUCAAAUUUUGAUUUUUAAAAUUUUAUAAAUUCCUGGAUACUCAAAGUUGAGAUUUUUGACGAUUUUUCGCAAUGAUCGAACUGGAAUCGUAGCGGGAAGGGAAGCGGAAGAGAAGCUCGGAAAAUCUCGGUGACAGACAGCGUAAAUUUUUUGGUAGAGGUGAAAAACGAUGUCGUCUCCGGACAUUGCGGGAAUACUGGAGAACUCCAAGGAGCUCGAUCGAUUGAGGAAAGAGCAAGAGGAAGUUCUUAACGAGAUCAACAAGAUGCACAAGAAGCUUCAAACCACUCCAGAGGUGGUUGAGAAGCCUGGGGAUAAUUCAUUGUCAAAACUCAAGAAUUUGUAUGCUGUUGCUAAAGAACUUUCUGAAACUGAAGUAAAUGUUUCCAGUGUCUUAUCAAGUCAAAUUGAUUCUCUGCUGCCUUCUGGACCUCCAGGGCAGCCACGAAGAAGAAUAGAAGGUAAUGAUCAGAAAAGGAAGAGAAUGAAGAGUGAUUCAGAUAUUUCACGACUUUCCCCUUCCAUGCGAAGUCAACUAGAGCUUUGUGCUAGCCUGAAAGGGGAACAGGUAGCAGCUAAGGUCAAUCCAGAAGAUGUUGAUAAGGACGAGUGGUUUGUUGUAAAAGUGAUGCAUUUCGAUAAGGAAACAAAAGAAUUUGAAGUACUAGAUGAGGAACCAGGAGAUGAUGAAGACAGUACUGGUCAACGAAAGUACAAGGUUCCUAUGUCGGCUAUUAUUCCAUUCCCCAAAAGAAAUGACCCUUCUAGUGCCCCAGAUUUGCUUCCUGGAAGACAUGUUUUGGCAGUCUAUCCAGGCACAACUGCACUGUACAAGGCAACUGUUGUCAAUGGUCAUCGCAAGAGGAAAGGAGAUGACUUUUUGCUCGAAUUCGAUGACGAUGAGGAAGAUGGAUCCUUGCCUCAAAGGACAGUGCCAUUCCAUAAGGUGGUUCCCCUGCCCGAAGGACACCGUCAGUGAAUCUUCUUGUUUAUAGAUUGUGUAUAAAUUUUUAUACAUAUAUAAGAGGGUGUGCUGUAUUUUGGACCUGUAUUUUGGACCAGACCUUUCUCAAUUCUCAUGCCCUCGGUAAUAUUUAUUCCUAAAUCUGUCGAAAAUGCUUGUUUAACUUUGUGUCUUAUAUAGCAACACUUUUUAAUUUUUCUUGCUUC